CAAUGAAGUCGGGUCAAUCAAGUAUCCAAUUUACCAUACUUUAUUUUGAAGUUUCUUAAAAAAUUUAUGAACCUGCCUCUACUUCUCUCCCUAUAUGAACCAUUAAUCACUCAAUCAAUUAUUCACUUGUUGUCAACCAGUCCUUGAACAAAAAUUACCUCUUCUUCCCUCUCUCUUUCAUUUUCAAAUCUCCACAAUUUUCUCACCCUUCUAAACACUUUGAAUCCUACUUUGACAAAAAACCAUUGAUCAAUGGGUCAACUUCAUGUCUUCUUCUUCCCCAUAAUGGCUCACGGCCACAUGAUCCCAACUCUCGACAUUGCCAAACUCUUCGCAGCCCACAGCGGCGUAAAAUCAACCAUAAUCACCACUCCUCUCAACGCCCACCUCUUCGCAAAAUCCAUAGAAAGAGCCAAACACGCCGGCGUUGACAUCAACAUCAUCACCAUCAAGUUCCCCACCGCCGAGGCCGGCCUCCCGGAAGGCUGCGAGAGCGCCGACCAACUCACUUCCGAUGACAUGAUUCCAAAAUUCUUGAAGGCCACCACCAUGCUCCAAGCCCCUCUCGAGCUAGUCUUACAAGAACACCGCCCCGACUGCCUCGUCGCCGACAUGUUCUUCCCCUGGGCCACCGAUUCUGCAGCCAAAUACGGAAUUCCGAGGUUGGUUUUCCAUGGAAUUAGCUUUUUUGCCUUGUGUGCUUCGGAGAGUUUGAGACUUUACAAGCCUCAGACGACUGUUUCCUCCGAUGAUGAACCCUUUGUUGUCCCGAAUCUUCCUCAUCAAAUCAAGCUGAGGAGAACCCAAUUGCCAGAGCAUUCUCGGCAGGAAACAGAGUCGGAUUUCGGGAAGUUGGUUGAGAAAGUAAAGGAAUCGGAGGUGAAAAGCUAUGGAGUUAUUGUUAACAGUUUUUACGAGCUUGAACCGGACUAUGCUGAUCACUACAGGAACGUUUUGGGGAGAAGGGCUUGGCAUAUUGGUCCGGUUUCUUUAUGCAAUCGGGAAAUUGAAGACAAAGCACAGAGAGGUAAAGAAGCAUCCAUCGAUGAACACGACUGCUUGAAAUGGCUUAACUCGAAGAAGCCCAAUUCAGUCAUCUAUAUAUGUUUCGGAAGCAUGGCCAACUUUCCUGCUUCUCAGCUGUAUGAGAUCGCAAUGGGUCUUGAGUCUUCCGGGCAACAAUUCAUCUGGGUUGUGAGGCAAUCAAAGAAUGAAGCAGAUAAGAAUGAAGAGAAAUGGUUACCAGAAGGGUUUGAGGAGAGAAUGAAAGAUAGAGGAUUGAUCAUAAGAGGUUGGGCACCCCAAGUGCUGAUUCUUGAGCAUGAAUCGGUUGGCGGUUUCGUGACUCAUUGUGGGUGGAAUUCGACGUUCGAAGGAAUCAGUGCGGGCUUGCCAAUGGUGACUUGGCCAAUGUUCGCCGAGCAGUUUUUUAAUGAGAAGUUGGUGACUGACAUUUUGAGAAUUGGGGUUGGUGUUGGUUCUUUAAAAUGGAAAAGGAGGACCGCAACUGGCGGUAUUGAAAGAGAAUCGAUAGCAAAGGCGGUGAAGCGGGUUAUGGUGGGGGAAGAGGCGGAGGAAAUGAGGAGCCGGGCGAGGGAGCUUAAAGAUUUGGCGAAGAAGGCUAUUGAAGAAGGCGGAUCGUCUCACUCUGAUUUGAAUUCUCUGAUUCAAGAAUUGAGUUUGUAUCGCGCUUGAGACAUUAUUGUUGAAGCAAGAUAUUAGAUCACCAUGGAUGAAUAUGUGCUUUGUGUUGUUGGUUGUUCUUGUAUUUUUGGUUGUUCAUUGUGUUUGUAAGUUAGGUCCUGGAUUUGGUUCAGUAGAAGUUCAAUAAAAGAAACAAAAUUAUUCAAUUUGUCCAA